GCGGAUUCAUUCACUGUGUAUAUAUCCGGUUCAGUUCCAUAUAAAUGGAAGGAAUGACAGGUAAAUUGAAGAAAUUGACGUAAAGUUGAAUUAACUGAACAAAGGAAAUUAUUACAAGAAAGAUUUUGAAAGUUACAAUAAUUAUCAUAAGCAUACAUUGCUAUAUAUUACGAGUGGUUUAAUAUUUCCUUUCAAUGGAGAACCAUGACGAGUUAGUUUCGCAAUUUAUAGAUACAACUGGGGUUGAACCUGAAGAAGCACGAUUUUAUCUUGAGUUAUCUAAUUGGCAGCUUGAGAUAAAAACGCAGGAAGUGUAAAAUCAUCAGAAAUGGAAGGAAAAUCAUCAAAAGAAAAAAUAAAACCAAAAUCUAAAUUUGCAAUGCUUAGUGAUCUUAAAGAUAGAGAGAGUAGCCCUGAGGAUGAAGAAGGCCAAGCAUUUUAUGCUGGUGGUUCUGAACAUACUGGACAACAAAUUCUAGGACCAGGAAAGAAAAAGGAUAUUGUUAGUGAUAUGUUUAAGUCUUGUCAGAGACAAUCAAUUGCUGUAGAAUCAAAACCAAGUGGACAACAAAGACCAAAUACUUUUAGUGGUACUGGAUAUAAAUUAGGUCAAACUAGUUCAGAUACUGAAAUUGUUACUGCUACAACAUCUAAUAAUCAACAGACAAAUUCUGGACUAAUUACUUUGAAAUUAUGGAAAGAUGGAUUCACUAUAAAUGAUUCUGAACUUCGGUUGUAUAGUGAUCCAGAAAAUAGAGAAUUUCUUGAGACUAUAAAACGAGGUGAAAUACCAGCAGAAAUACGCCAAGAGAUACAAGGUACUGAAGCACGACUUGAUAUGGAAGAUCAUCAUCAUGAAACAUAUGUUCCUCCAAAAGUUAAAGUGAAAGCUUUUAGUGGAAAAGGACAUAUGUUAGGAAGCCCUUCUCCAGCUACAGUUGGUAUGACAAUACCAACAGAUCUUGCAGAUCAAGCAGCAAAUGAAUCUCAGGCAAAACAAAAAUUAAAUUUAGAUGAAUCAAAACCUGUGACAACAUUACAAAUUCGUCUUGCUGAUGGGACUAGUGUAAAAGCUCAAUUUAAUUUAACUCAUACUAUUAAUGAUUUGAGGCAAUAUAUAAUAACUAUGAGACCUCAAUAUGCUAUGAGAGAAUUUAAUUUAUUAACAAUGUAUCCUACUAAGGAACUCACAGAAGAUAAAACUAUUGAAGAAGCUGGUUUACAAAAUACAACAAUAAUUCAACGACUGAAGUAAAUAUCUUCUUUAGAGCCUUAAUUAUGGAAGUUUAAGUGAUGUAUUGAUUAGAGAAUUCUUAAAUAUACAUUGAAAUAUUUGAAAAACACAUUUCAACACAUUUUAGUAAUUGAAUGGCACUUUACUAUUGUUUAUUUUAAUUUUAAGUACAGUUUUUGUUAUAUAAUGUUAUUUUUUCUAAUACAAAAAAUAUUUUAUUAAAAACAAAUCUAUUAUUAAAAUUUCAAUUAACAUAAAGUAAAAUUACAAAACCUUUGUAAAGUUUGCAAUAAAAUCAUUCAAUUUAUAUGUA